CGUUACCUGCAGAGACAAGUUGGAGGUGCUUGGAAAAGGCUAGACCACCUUGAUGUUUUGUGAUGUUUUGGGUGACCUGCACGAGUUUCACAAGGCGCCCACGCCGAACGGGCCCAAGAGAAAGGACAAGAAGAUGAGGAAGACCGAUGCCAAGGCUGAUUGCGAGAAGCUCACACCGUCACGGCGAUGUCCCCGACUUGCAGGCCAUUGCCAUCAAAGUGAUGGGCAUGUGGAGUACAACAACCCCGACUGAGAGAAAUUGGUCAUCCAUGGACUUCAUGCAUUCCAAAAGGAGGAACAGCUUGAAUCCCGAAACAUUGGAGAAGUUGGCGUACAUCCAUUGGGACAUGCAACUACUGCGUGCUACCAACAACAGUGAUGCCAACAGCGAGGGCUACGUUGAUCUGUGGAAUUCUUUCUUUGAGGCUCUUCCGGAGCCAGACGAAAACGAUGGAUCUAUCUUGAAGGGCCCCGAGGACGAAACUGAGAAGACGGAUGAGGAGUUGGUGCGGCAAAGUAACUUCGUGAAGACACCGAAGGGAAGUAUUCCGAAGAAGCUUGAGGACGAAGAGGACGAGCGCACUGACGACAGUGACUUGGAUGAUGAGUUGUGGAAAGGGAAGUGUGGAUUCUUGGAUGAGACUAGCGGCGUGGAGGAGGAGGAGGAUGAAAGUGAUUCCGAUUUUGAGCUAGGAGCCCAGCCAUCAGUCCCGGGCACUACUUAUGUCGGUAGAGAGAAGUUGCAGGGCGUCGGAGAGAGAAGCAGUCUGUGGUCUCUACACAGCCCAGGGGGGUCCCAAUACCAUCCUAAGUAUGAAGUUGAGUUCCAUCACGUGGACACGAACAUCAAGUUGCUGCUGCAAAGUGCUGCAGUUGAUGAAGAUGAGACGAAGGCCGACCGUGCAAAGGCAUUAACAGAUCGCGAUAAAGAUGUCGUAAAAAAACGGAUUAUGGAAGAGGAUGCCUGGCGUAUAGCAAUUCCAACUCGGAGGGAGAUUGAGAGACGUAAGAAGAAGGUUGGGGAGAAGGAACCAGAGACGAGUCGGCCAUUGGACGUUGUGCAAGAGUGAGAAGAGGAAGAGCACCAGCAAAGUGAAGCAGUUUUGAAGGUGACGGAAGUCGCACUCCAAAAAGA